CCGACGAAAACAUUUUUACAUUCUUUAUUACUGUUAUUUAUUCUUUACGAAAUGUAGCCUCAUUGGAUCAGUUUGAUAUUGUUCACUGCUUCCUUAUAGGCGCUUUAAAUAUAAUCAUUGAAAUUUUGGAAUAUUUGCGCCUUUAAUGACCCAAUAGCACAACUUUGUGGUCUUUCCAGCGAUGUCAAAGACAACUCCUUUCAUCAGAUUUAUUCUCUUCAUUCUACAGGUAUAUUUGACGAUUGUCCAAUCUGUAAAGAGAAAUAACACCGAAGAAAUUAACGAAAUUAGCAACAGCGUGUGUCGAGAUCGUCUAGGUUAUUUUAACACAAAAGAUUUCAAACUAUCGACUUGCUCUUUGUGUUAUUUUUACCUCGUGGUGGAGAAUCCAGAGUUUGUACUAAACAGAGAGAUUUCAGUGAAACAAUUUCACACUGAGCCGUUUCUGCUUCUUAGAAAUACUUCGAACACCGAAAGAAAUCUUGAAAUUCACCCUGCGUUUGACAAUCAGACAUCAAUUAACAUUGUUUGUGAUACACUUGAUGACGUCACAUGUAACGGCUGGGUCACUUGCUGUAGAGGAGCAUGGGAUUGCUGUCAGAAACAGAUAAACCGGAAACUACCAACAGAUGACGGACAAUACUGUCCUCAGACAUUUGACGGCUGGGACUGUUGGGAUGGUACUCCUUCAAACCAAACUGUUACACAGUCAUGUCCAACAUUCUUGUCUCCAGCGGAAGGGGCCAGGAGUUCGAAAACGUGUGGUGUCAAUGGCAAGUGGCAGACGGAUUCCAACACUGACCUAGAAUAUACUGUGUAUGACGACUGUUCCAGCAGGGACAAGAAACAGGUUUUCAGAGUGCCAAUUAUUGUCGGUAUGGUGCUUAACGUAGCAGGGAUGGUACUGCUCAUCCCAUCUAUAACAAUAUUUCUAAUUUACAGGAACCUCCGCAGACAGCAUCGUAUUAAAAUCCAUUUGAACUUUUUUCUGUCUAUUCUCUUGGCAAGUGUUUUCUGUUUGAUAUGGGAUGUUGUUGUCCGUCUGGACAGGCUGGCAAAUGAAAGGGAAGAAUCAUUUCUUCUUAAACAACAGAGCCUGUGUAAAUGUCUGCACGUGUUACACAGAUUUGCUCGCGCCAGCAUAUUUUUCUGGAUGUCUUGUGAAGGGUUCUUCCUACAUAGACUUCUUGUCAACGCGUUUUCACCACCGAAACACUUUUUGGGGUACCUAAUAUACGCAUGGGGUGUUCCGAUUAUUCUGUGCUGCGUGUAUGCUGUAAUAAGGAAACAGAUAGCCGACGACAGUUUAUGUUGGAUUUUGCCUUUGGAAGGUGAAAAAAUAGCAUUAGACUGGAUCCUAGUAUAUACACCGACAAUCGCUUGUAUUUCGAUAAACGUUCUAUUCUUAUUCAACAUUUUGAAACUGCUGGUGAGAAAAGCAACCAAGCACCCCAACGAGCCAAGCAAUUUCAGAAAGAUUUUAAAAGCAACAUUUAUUUUGGUACCUCUGUUUGGUAUACACCAGUUCUGUCUUAUAUAUAGACCCAGCCCCGAUGCAGGUGUUGGGUAUGAUGUCUAUGAAAUCGUCAGUGCAAUUUUCCUUAACUCUCAGGGUAUUGUAGUCAGCCUUUUGUUCUGUUAUUUCAAUAAAGAGGUGCAGUCUAGUGUGAAGAUCAGUUUUAAAAGGUUGGGCAGAAGGUACUCGCACAGACGGUCAAGCGACGGACGAAAACUCUCAAUGUCUGUAUCUAAUACUUCCCGUCGAACAUCGGUGUCAAGCAUACAAACUGGUGGAAUAGCAACACUGUACGGACAUGGGAGCGCCAAAAAUAAACCGUUUAAUGAAAAUGGCAUAAAGUUGUAUGGAAAAGAAAACGCAAAAGAAGCAGAGUUAAAUUCAUCCGAAGAUAAUUCAAAGGUCAGGGACAGUGACAACAAAUGUCAACCCGGGGUAACACACAUUGCAUUAUACAGCAAUGGUUACACUAAUGGAGGUUAUUUACCGGAAGAAACAUUUCAAGAAUCUGUCAGGCUUUAAUUCAAGCAUCUCUCAAAGCCUUUGUAAUGUAUACAUUUACAGUGGCUUGGUAGCAUACAUGUAUCAGUGUAUGAAUACAUUCUUUUCAAAUUCCACGAUGUAUUUUUUUUAUAUCUUCUGUAAACAGUAAAAUAUAUUAUACAACGGUCGUAAAAGGUCAUGCCAAUGGAUGAACAUCAAAAUUUCAUAAUUUUUCAAACGGAGUUAAAUGGCGUGAGUAACGCUUAUAAGUGUUUUGUACGUACUUCAUUGACUGCAAGAAUACAUUAACAGAUAAAAAUAAUCCGAAAACAUACGGAAUCACUUUGAAACAUUAUUCUAUUGCAAUUACUUACUAAUGAAUGCAUUAACAAUCUGGAGGUGUGCAGCUUUAAGCGAAGUCAUGUUUUGUUUUAUAGUAGACCAGAUAACAUAAAUGCUUACACAAUUUUUGUAUGGCCUUAUCAUUAUGUAACACUCGUCUACAUACUGAGAUUAUUUAGGAAUGUACAAG